UCUUCAGGUCACUGGUCAACACACGUUUGGCCCCUCUGGAGUGCGAACACUUUUCAACUUUCCCCACUUCCUUCGUACAGACUAACAACCGAACCAAACCAAGAAUAAGGCCAAAAGAGGGGGAAGCUCCGAAGCAUACUCCCAUGGCUGCAGAAGCAAUUUUAGGAGCCUUUAUGCAGACCCUCUUUGAGAAAUUGUCGGAAGUAGUUCUUGAUCAGUUCAGAUCUUAUGGAGGCAUCCAAGGCAAGCUAGAGAAUCUCUCUUGCACACUCUCUCAAUUGCAGGCCUUCCUUGACGACGCUGAGGCGAAGCAGUUGACCGAUGUGUCUGUGAGGGGAUGGUUGGCAAAACUCAAGGAUAUUGCAUACGACGUUGAUGAUCUGCUGGACAGGUACUCCGCCAAAUGUACGCAUCUGAAGCAGAGGCAGAUGAAACUUCCCACAAAGGCAAGUGUCAGUUCUCCUACCUCCUUCUUGCGUAGGAAUCUAUAUCAGUACAGAAUAAAGCAAAAGAUUAGCAGCAUACUGGUGAGGUUAGAUAAGAUUGCAAAAGAACGGGACACCAUUGGGCUUCAGAUGUUAGGUGGAAUGAGUAGGCGUGAAACCUUAGAGCGACCGCAGUCAAGUUCUCUUGUAGAUAGUUCAGCUGUGUUUGGCAGGGAGGGAGACAGAAGGGAAAUGGUAAGGCUGGUGCUGUCAGACAGUGGACAUAAUUCCAGCAAUGUUUGUGUCAUUCCAGUUGUUGGCAUGGGUGGGCUUGGUAAGACCACUCUUAUGCAGAUGGUGUACCAUGAUGACAGAGUGAAAGAACACUUCCAAUUGCGGAUCUGGGUUUAUGUGUCUGAAAAUUUUGACGAGAGAAAGAUAACACAAGAAACUCUUGAGGCUGCUGCCUAUGACCAAUCCUUUGUCAGCACUAAUAUGAACAUGCUUCAGGAAACACUCUCCAGAGUACUACGCGGCAAGAGGUAUUUGCUUGUCUUGGAUGACGUCUGGAAUGAAGACCACGAUAAAUGGCUCAGCUAUAGAGCAGCUUUACUUUCAGGAGGGCUUGGAAGCAAGAUAGUGGUGACAUCACGAAAUGAGAAUGUUGCCAGAAUAAUGGGAGGGAUAGAGCCCUACAAGUUACAACAACUAUCAGAUGAUGAUAGCUGGUCUGUGUUCAAGAGCUAUGCAUUUAGGGAUGGUGAUUGCAGCACAUAUCCACAGCUGGAGGUGAUAGGCAGGGAAAUUGUGAAGAAGCUGCAGGGACUGCCUCUUGCAUCAAAGGCAUUAGGGAGCCUCCUCUUUUGCAAAACAGAUGAAGAGGAGUGGAAGGACAUACUAAGAAAUGACAUAUGGGAGCUAACAGCAGAGAAAAAUAACAUAUUGCCAGCUCUACGGUUAAGCUACAAUCACUUACCACCACAUCUCAAGCAGUGCUUUGCGUUCUGUUCUGUAUAUCCCAAAGAUUAUAUAUUCAGGAGAGAAAAGUUGGUUAAGAUUUGGCUAGCACUUGGUUUCAUCAGGCAAUCCAGAAAGAAGAGACUGGAGGAUAGCGGCAACGCAUACUUCAAUGAGCUACUAAGCAGAUCCUUCUUCCAGCCCUACAAGGAUAACUAUGUCAUGCAAAAUGCAAUGCAUGACCUUGCAAAAUCUGUCUCCAUGGAAGAUUGUGAUCAAUUUGAGCAUGAAAGAAGACAAGACAACGCUAUCAAGACUCGGCAUCUUUCAUUUCCAUGCAAGGAUGGCAAGUGCGUGCAGUUUGGUCCACUUUAUGGUUAUAGGAAGUUAAGGACACUAAUUAUUAUGCAUGGAUACAAGUCUAAGAUGUCUCGACUGCCUGAUGGUGUUUUUAUGAAACUUCGAUUUCUUAGGGUGCUCGAUAUACAUGGAAGAGGUCUUAAAGAACUACCAGAAUCUAUAGGAAAUCUGGAACAGCUUCGCUUUCUAGAUCUCACUAGCACUGAAAUCAAAACAUUACCGGUGUCCAUUGUUAAGCUCUAUAACUUGCAAAUACUUAAGCUCAGUGACUGCAAUUCACUAAGGGAAGUGCCACAAGGCAUCACUAAGCUCAUUAACAUGCGCCACUUAGAGGUACGUACAAGGCUACUGUCUAGGAUACCUGGGAUUGGAAGUUUGACCUGCCUCCAGGAACUAGAGGAAUUUGUUGUCCAGAAGCGCCUAGGACACAAGAUCACAGAGUUGAGGGACAUGGAUCAGCUUCAUGGACAGCUUUCUAUUCGUGGGCUCAACAAUGUAGUUGAUGGACAAGAUGUGCUUGCUGCAAAGUUGAAGACCAAAGAACACCUUCGAACUUUACACCUUAUAUGGGAUGAAGACUGCACAGUCAUUCCUUCGGAACAGCAAGAAGAAAUCCUAGAAGGCCUUCAACCACAUCUUGAUCUUAAGGAGUUAAUGAUUAAAGGAUUCCCAGGGGUAAGGUUUCCAAGCUGGCUGGCUAGUUCAUCUCUUCCAAAUCUGCAAACCAUUCACAUAUGCAACUGCAGAAGCAAGGUGCUUCCGCCUCUAGGUCAGCUUCCCUUUCUCAAAAAUCUCGAUAUAGCAGGAGCAACCGAGGUGACACAGCUUGGACGUGAAUUCACAGGAUUUGGUCAAUCAACAUGUUUUCCAGCUUUAGAAGAGCUUCUAUUGGAAGAUAUGCCAAAUUUGAGAGAGUGGAUUUUUCAUGCUUCUGAACAGUUGUUUCCACAAUUAACUGAACUUGGUCUUAUCAGGUGCCCAAAGCUGAAGAAGUUACCCCCUCUUCCAUCAACACUGACAUCACUUAGGAUAUAUGAAUCUGGACUUGAGUCACUUCCAGAGCUUCAAAAUGGAGCCUGUCCAUCUUCUCUAACAUCUCUAUACAUGAAUGAUUGCCCGAAUCUAGCAUCUCUGCGUGUAGGCUUGCUUGCACACAAACCGACAGCUCUCAAGAGUCUAACGAUAGCCCAUUGCGAAGGGCUUGUUUCGCUGCCAGAGGAGUGUUUCCGUCCUCUUAUAUCACUACGGAGCCUGCACAUCUACAAGUGCCCUUGUCUGGUGCCUUGGACAGCGUUAGAGGGAGGCUUGCUUCCCACUUCAAUCGAAGACAUCCGUCUGAACUCAUGCUCUUUGUUAGCAUGUGUGCUUCUAAAUGGACUAAGAUACCUUCCUCGUCUCAGACAUUUUGAAAUUGCUGACUGCCCUGAUAUCAGUAACCUCCCAGUGGAGGGUUUACCUCACACACUCCAAUUCUUGGAGAUAUCAUGCUGUGAUGACCUUCAAUGUUUGCCUCCGAGCCUGUAUGAAGUCUCCUCACUUGAAACACUACUCAUUGGUAACUGUCCUGAGAUUGAAAGCUUGCCAGAAGAAGGCCUUCCCAGGGGGCUCAAGGAACUCUACAUCAAACAAUGUCCACUAAUUAAGCAACGGUGCCAAGAAGGUGGGCCAGAUCGAGGCAAGAUAGCUCAUAUAAGAGACAUUGAGAUCGAUGGAGAUGUUAUUAUGCUUGACCAGAUAUAGAAGGGUGGAGCGAGCAAUGCCGGCCGCAGAAGGAGGACGCGGCGGCGCCCAACCGAUCUCCGUGGCCCCUGAUGCCGUCUCCUGUGCGCUCCGCUCCGGCGACGGCGAGGCCACGUAGGCCGGAGGGCGGCACGGCCGCAGG